CUCAAAUUUGAAUCUCAUUUGCUAAAUCCCCUAAUUCCCCAUUUCCCAAACACUGACACCAUUACAAGGUGAAUCCAAGAGCACUAUUCAAAUUCUCUACAGUAAACUCCAUAUCCAUCCGAUGAAGAGGAAAACCCUAAAUCGAACAAGCACACCACGCAGAAACAACAAAAGCAACAGGAAAAGAAUGAACAAGGGUUCACUCUUCACUGUUGGGUUUUCCAAAGUUUCCCUUCCUCCCCUCCCUAAUCAACAACUGCUCCAAUCCGCAUUUUCAACUCUUCCUUUAUCAAAUCCUUCUCGAUUCCAGAAACUUCUGGAUUCUGAAGCACUUCCGCCAGCUCAAUCUAAUUUCCCUUCGAUUUUGCCGUGGAAUACUGACGCCGAUGCUGCCGAUGGGGAUAACAAGGAUUUCAUUCUCAGCCAAGACUUCUUCUGUACUCCCGACUACCUAACACCAGAUGCACCUGCAAUUUGUAAUGGGCUUAAUGGUAAUAAGGAUGAUUGUAUGCCUUGUCCUAAAUCACCUGAGAAGCUUCAAAUUGUAGCAAGAAAGAGGCAGCGACUAGCUGUUAAAUCGGUAACAUCUCUUAGUUCCGAUUUCCCUGGCCAGCAACAGCUAGCAGAUAUUCCGGAAGAUACUUUUGGGACAGAUGAAACGAAAUCAGAAAAGAUAACUGAGUCAGAAAAGGGUCACAGUUACGUGUCACAAUCUGCUAUUGCUUUAAGAUAUCGAGUCAUGCCUCCUCCUUGCAUUAGAAACCCCUAUCUCAGGGAUGCUUCAGAGAUAGAUGUUGAUCCUUUUGGAAACCGGAGAUCAAAGUGCGCAGGUUUUAACCCUGUUAUUUUUGGUAAUGAUGGUCUAUCGCGGUACCGGAGUGAUUUCCAUGAAAUUGAGCAAAUUGGUACCGGGAACUUCAGUCGUGUUUUCAAAGUCUUGAAGAGAAUCGAUGGAUGUAUGUAUGCUGUGAAACACAGCACAAAACAGUUACAUCAAGACACAGAUAGGAGAAAGGCUUUAAUGGAAGUGCAAGCUUUGGCUGCUUUAGGACCUCAUGAGAACGUGGUUGGCUAUUACUCUUCUUGGUUUGAAAAUGAACAUCUUUACAUCCAAAUGGAGCUCUGUGACCACAGCUUAUCCAACAAAAAAGAUUCUAAACUAUUUUCGGAGGUAGAAGUUUUGGAAGCAAUGUAUCAGGUAGCCAAGGCAUUGCAAUAUAUACAUCAGAGAGGGGUAGCUCAUUUAGAUGUAAAGCCAGAUAAUAUUUAUGUGAAAAGUGGUGUGUAUAAGCUUGGUGAUUUUGGAUGUGCAACUCUUCUUGAUAAGAGCCAGCCGAUUGAAGAGGGUGAUGCACGUUAUAUGCCCCAAGAAAUACUUAAUGAGAACUAUGAUCAUCUUGACAAAGUUGAUGUAUUCUCCUUGGGCGCUGCAAUAUAUGAACUUAUUAGAGGGUCUCCGCUGCCAGAAUCAGGGCCUCAUUUUCUAAACCUCAGGGAGGGGAAAUUGCCUCUUCUUCCGGGUCACUCCUUGCAAUUUCAGAAUCUGCUCAAGGUGAUGAUGGACCCAGAUCCAACACGCCGUCCUUAUGCAAAAGACCUUGUGGAUAAUCCAAUCUUUGAAAGAUGUCAAAGAAAUGCUAACAAGUAAAUGGCCAUGUAAAUCACCUUUUUCUCGGAUUUGUUGAGAGCUACUUUUGCCAAAGAGCCAGAAUUCAAAGCUGCAGUUACUUGUGCAGCAUCUCUGGUGGACCACUUCUGAAAACCAUAUAUAGCUCAUAUUAAAUGGAGAUAAGGAGGGGGAAAAAACCAUUCUUCCAAACGAGCUAUAUUCUCAUGCACCAAAUUUUCUCAUUUUGAUGGUGCUAAUUUUGCCAAAUAUCGUACUAUGCAUCCAGAGAAAAUGUUGUAUCCUAAUUGGACCAAAAACUGUGCUUUGUAUGUCAUAAUGAAAUUUGGCGCCGUUUAAGCUGAUUAGUUCAGUAUCAA